AUGACGUGGAAAACGUCGAUGCCGGUGUACAAGUUCCGAGGGAUGAACAUUGAGGUAGUUGAAGUCAUGAUUGACAAUGACAACGAUGAGGUAGGUGAAGUCAUGAUGGACAAUGACAACGAUGAGGUAGUUGAAGUCAUGUUGGACAAUGACAACGUUGAGGCAGACGAAGCCUGGAUAGACGACUACAUCGUUGAAAUAGUUAUCAUAUACGGAGACGAAGAAGUAUCAUGA